UUCAAGGGGGAAGAUUUAAACGGGUGGACAGUCGCGCAAAGAUGGAAGACGUACCAGAUAAUGCACCUGAGCAUUGUCCGGGAACAAAAAGUGAGCAAGCAGGAAAGACAUCGUCAUGUCAGGGAUGUCCAAACCAGAAACUGUGUGCUUCUGGAGCCACCAAGGCCCCAGACCCCGCCAUUGCAGAGAUAGGCGAAAAGCUCUCAACAGUCAAACACAAGAUCCUGGUGUUGUCUGGAAAAGGAGGAGUGGGAAAGAGCACGUUCAGCGCUCACUUGGCUCAUGCCCUGGCGAGUGACAACACAAAGGAGGUUGCACUGCUGGAUGUAGACAUCUGUGGUCCAUCGAUUCCUCGGAUCAUGGGCUUAGAAGGAGAACAGGUUCACCAGAGCGGCUCUGGAUGGUCUCCAGUGUAUGUGGAGGACAACCUGGCAGUCAUGUCCAUCGGUUUCCUUCUCAGUAGCCCCGAUGACGCUGUGAUCUGGAGAGGACCAAAGAAGAAUGGGAUGAUCAAGCAGUUUUUGAGGGAUGUCGACUGGGGGGAACUGGAUUACCUCAUCGUGGACACGCCCCCUGGAACCUCAGACGAACACCUGUCCAUAGUGCAGUACCUAAGCUCCACCCACGUCGAUGGAGCUGUAAUCAUCACCACACCACAGGAGGUUUCGUUGCAGGACGUGCGAAAGGAGAUCAGGUUCUGUCAGAAGGUCAAGCUGCCGAUCAUCGGAGUGGUGGAGAACAUGAGCGGCUUCGUUUGUCCUAAAUGCAAGAACACGUCGCAGAUCUUCCCUCCCACCAGCGGGGGCGCUGAGAAAAUGUGCCAGGAUUUGAAUCUACCGCUUUUAGGGAAGGUGCCGCUCGACCCCAGGAUCGCACGAAGCUGCGACGAGGGCAAGUCUUUCCUCAGUGAAGUGCCGGACUCUCCUGCCGCUCAGGCCUACCAGAGGAUUGUGCAGAGUAUUCAGGACUACUGUGCCAACCGUGUGAUGGAGGAGCAGAGAACCACCUGAACCCACUCUGAAGCUGAAUCAGAACUCUGAGCGAGAUCGCCUGAGGAGAGAGUGGUAGAAAUAAAAAAUAAAAAAAACAAGAAACGCACAAAAUGCAACAUCCACCCAAGUCUGCCAGAGGUAUCUUGACACCUUGACUGUAUGUCUUGAUAGGCAGCAGCUUGUUUUUGGUAAAUUGGUCGGAUGUUGCAUUGCAGGGAAUUAUUCUGCUGCAGCUCUGGAAUAUGUUUUCCUAAUAAAAGCUAUUAAAAAUAAAGAGUAUUAUGCUGAUGGGCUAUAGUUAUCGCUCUCUCUCAUCAUCUAGUAUAUCUAGCUGUACUAGUUUAUGAAAGUAACGUCUAACAUUUAAGUUCCACAUUUGGUUGUACCUAAAGACUAUCAAAGGAGUUGGCUGUUCAAUUUUCUUCAAAGUACUCGUGCCAAAAUUGGCAUUACAGUUAAAACCACAGUUGAUAUGAAUGGGGGGGUAUUCCAUGCUGACUUCGAUAGCGAUAUCCUACGCUUUAGAAGUAAUGUUUUCCAACUACCACUCCAACAUGGACCUUCUUGCACCAAUGUGGUUCUUCCGGCUCAAAAAAAAAAACUGGAUGGGGACAGACAAAAUGGCACAACCAUUGGUAACUUCACAUUGUCUGCAUUAAUUGUUUGUACGUAUAUGUCAGAAACAACACCCCCUGUGAAUGAUUCCUCUCUGUUGUCAGCUUCUGAUUAGAAGUAGCAGUUUGAGAUGUUGAUGAUAAAUAUUUUCUGAACAAUUGAUUUUAAAUACACACAGACUUUUGUAACUCACCGAUUGGUAAAAUAAAUGACCAAAUAUCAAA